UAUGCAAAUGUUUUCCCCUAGGCUUUAUUUAUGUCCUCGGUGGAAUGAGUGAUUUGGGAACAGAAAUGAAAACAGUAGAAAGAUAUAACCCAGCCACCAAUGAAUGGACAAAGCUUGCCAGCAUGAAAGAGAAACGUGCCUACAUUGGGGUGACUGUCCUUGAUGAGUACAUAUAUGCUGUGGGAGGCUGGAAUGAACAUCAUGGUGCUUUGAAAACUGUGGAGCGGUAUUAUCCCAGAAAGAAUGAAUGGACAUCCCUCCCGACCAUGUCUGAGCCACGCGCUGGUGCCUCAGUGGCUGCAGUAAAUGGACUUGUGUUUGUGAUCGGUGGAAGAACAAGUAGCAAUGAGUUCACAGCUCCAGCCACCUUGGACACAGUGGAGUGCUUUGAUCCCCAUACCUGGACUUGGAUUGAGAUUGGUAAAAUGCCCACAAGUAGAUGUGAGGCAGGCAUUGCUGUACUGUAGCACCAGCAUUAAUUACUUGAUCUGGCAUAUUGUGUUUCACAAUGGCGGGUCCAGGGCAGGGCUCAGACCCUUCUCUUUGCUUGGGAGGUGCCACCUUCUUCCCUGUUCCAAAAUAUUAUAACAAGGAAAAGAGAAAAAGUAUUUUCAGUCUUUGUGCCUGACAAAGACUGCUGUACUGUUUCAUAUUGGUCUUGCUUCACCUGGCAUCACUUAGCAAAAACCUUGGUCCCCACCAGUGCUUUGAUACAGUUUUGCACUUUCGGCAAAGCAUUUCAUCAUCUGUGUUGUGCACUCAAACUUACAAUAAUAAAUUCUACCAUCAGUAGCUAAACUUCAGACUUAUUUCACUUGAAUAUUUUUAAGUCUCACCUACAAGAGACUUUUAUCGGGGAAUGAGGAUUUUUACCUUUUGUUGGAUGAAUCUAUUAUUGUAACUUUCAGUUAUGCAUUUUUAAAAAUAACAUAUAUGGAAAACUUUGCAUAAUUACAAAUUUAGGCUGAAUGUAGUCAUUCAAAAUAUGAUUAAAUGAUCAUCUAUUGUGGACUUGGAUGAUAUCACGAAAAAACAUAAAACUUGCUGUUGACUUGAAAUUUUGUUUUAUUGCCUUUGUUACUGAGGAAAAAACAAUAUGAUCCUUUCAGAUGAAUCCUCAUUAAAGUAAAUAAUUUAAUUUAAAAGAAGUAUAUGUUACCAACUAGCAAAUGUGUAUGCUUGGCUGAUGAACCAAGAAUACUGUUAUUUAUCAUUUAGGGGUCAGAAAAAAGGGAAAUCAAUAAGUCAAGCAUUGAUGGAAGAAAAACGUUUGAAGUUGCAAAUUCAGUCCCCUCUCAAUGUAGUUAUAGAACAUCAAUUGGUGCUCCUAAAGAGAAAAUUUAUUUUAAAAUAUGGUAACUUGUUAAAUAACUCGAUGAAAAUGAUGAUAACAAUUUAACUUUGUUGUCAGUGAAUGGUGGAUUAAGCUAUGUGAUAAUAUUAAAUUUAAUGUAUGUGCAAUGGUGCAAUUUGCUUUUUGCUGCAUUAUUUAUGAACCCUAAGGGCAAUCCUUUUGGAUUGGUUUGUUCUCUGUUAACUUCCUAUUUGUAUGGAAUUUUUUAACUUUUUGGCACCAAGAUUAAAAAGAUUUAAGCAUACUUUUUCACUUACCUCUUGCACAUGUAAUCUGAGAAUCGGAAUACAAUGCAUACUGUUAUGUAAACCAGUGUCCUUUCUGUGUUCAAGGAAGACUACCAUAGUAAUAUUCACCUUUCCACCAACUAUGUUAUGCAUGCAGCAUUCUGGUCUAUACAUGUCCACUGCUGUUUUCAAGUUGCAGCUUCUAAGUGCCACUGGAUAUUGGGCAUGCAAUCACCACCAGCAGAAAUGGGUUGACCAUGCAUGCCUGUCAUUAUCUUUGGAAAGGUGAAUUGUACUUCCUGCUGGUUGACAAAUCUAUGCUAGUAUCUGAAACUUUGUUUGGAUAUACAUAAAUCAUGUCUCAGAAAUGAAAUAGUAAAAAGUAAAGUUCAGUUCUUAUAUACUGCAUUACAUGUGUGCCUUAGCACAAUUUUCAGUGGACGCCUGGUGGUCCUUUUUGGCACUAAUACAGACUGGGUGUUUACACUCUCACCUCCCAAUUUGGGAUUUCUGUUCAAUUAUGGAUGGCAUGUUGCAAACACAUCAGUAAUAAGUCGCAUGUUUUCUAUGAAAACAAAUAAGUUAUUCCAAUUUAAAUAAUUAAGAAAUCAUUGGGGACAGACUUGCUUUUACUUGCUAAUCCUGUAAUGGUCUCUCCGCCUCUGACACGCCUCCCCCUCGUUGUCCCUCGACCGGUUGAAUU